AGAAAAAGCUGGACGCUUCAUGUCGAUUUGUUUUUGCUCUGUGCUACCUAUUUAAAACGCGUUUGGGGAUACGCAUUCUUGUGACAAUUCCAAGCGUUCCGAAAGACACAUAUUCGAUCCGUGCCGUUACGAAAUUAUCAUUCACCAUCAAGUUUUUGCACAAUUCUGUAAUUCAGAGGUGUAAUUUUUGUAUCAGUUGGAUAUGGCGGAUGUAAGUAUGGGAGGAGAGGUAGAAACCUUCGCUUUUCAGGCUGAAAUCAACCAGCUGCUGAGCCUCAUUAUCAACACUUUUUACAGCAAUAAAGAAAUUUUCCUUCGUGAACUUAUUAGCAACUCAUCUGAUGCUCUGGAUAAAAUUCGUUUUGAGGGUCUGACGGACAAGAGUAAACUGGAAGCACAGCCGGAGUUGUUUAUUAGGAUUGUUCCUGACAAGGCUAACAAGACCUUGAGUAUCGUUGAUAGCGGAAUUGGAAUGACCAAAGCAGAUCUUGUGAACAAUUUGGGGACAAUUGCGAGAUCGGGAACAAAGGAAUUCAUGGAGGCUUUGCAGGCUGGAGCCGAUGUAAGCAUGAUUGGACAGUUUGGAGUGGGGUUUUACUCUGCUUACCUGGUGGCAGAGAGAGUAGUUGUGACUUCAAAGCACAAUGAUGAUGAACAGUACAUCUGGGAGUCACAGGCCGGGGGUUCCUUCACCGUUACCAGGGAUGUCAGCGGUGAGCCUUUAGGCAGAGGAACUAAGAUCACUCUCUUUAUGAAAGAGGACCAGAUGGAAUAUCUUGAAGAGCGGAGGAUAAAGGAUUUGGUCAAGAAGCACUCGGAGUUCAUCAGUUAUCCGAUUUAUCUGUGGACUGAGAAGACCACGGAGAAGGAGGUAAGUGAUGACGAAGAGGAAGAGGAGAAGAAGAAGGAAGAGGAGGGCGAUAUUGAAGAAGUGGAGGAGGAUAAGGACAAAGAUAAGAAGAAGAAGAAGAAAGUUAAGGAAGUCUCUCAUGAAUGGACCUUGAUUAACAAGCAGAAGCCCAUCUGGAUGAGAAAGCCAGAGGAGAUUACGAAAGAAGAAUAUGCUUCUUUCUACAAGAGCUUGACAAAUGACUGGGAAGAUUAUCUGGCGGUCAAGCAUUUCUCUGUUGAAGGGCAAUUGGAGUUCAAGGCCAUUCUGUUUGUUCCAAGGAGGGCUCCGUUCGACCUGUUUGAUACAAGGAAAAAGCCCAACAACAUCAAGCUCUAUGUGAGAAGGGUGUUUAUAAUGGACAAUUGCGAGGAGCUGAUUCCUGAGUAUUUGGGCUUUGUCAAAGGUGUGGUAGACUCUGACGAUCUGCCCCUCAACAUCUCUCGAGAAAUGUUACAGCAGAACAAGAUUCUCAAGGUAAUUAGGAAGAACUUGGUGAAGAAAUGCAUUGAAAUGUUCAAUGAAAUUGCAGAGAACAAGGAAGAUUAUGCCAAGUUCUAUGAAGCAUUUUCCAAAAAUAUCAAGUUGGGAAUUCACGAGGACAGCCAAAACAGGACUAAAUUGGCUGAUCUGUUGAGGUACCAUUCUACAAAGAGCGGUGAUGAGAUGACGAGUCUGAAAGACUAUGUGACCAGAAUGAAGGAGGGGCAGAAGGACAUCUAUUAUAUUACUGGUGAGACCAAGAAAGCUGUUGAGAAUUCACCAUUUUUGGAAAGGCUGAAGAAGAAAGGUUAUGAAGUUCUGUUCAUGGUGGAUGCCAUUGAUGAGUAUGCGGUGGGACAGCUGAAGGAAUACGAUGGAAAGAAACUGGUCUCGGCCACCAAGGAAGGGCUCAAGUUGGAGGAAACAGAGGAAGAGAAGAAGAAAAAGGAAGAGAAGAAAGCAGCCUUUGAGAAUCUGUGCAAAGUAAUAAAGGAAAUUUUGGGAGACAGGGUAGAGAAGGUAGUGGUAUCUGAGCGCGUUGUGGAUUCUCCGUGUGUGCUUGUGACAGGGGAAUAUGGAUGGAGUGCGAAUAUGGAGCGAAUAAUGAAGGCGCAGGCUCUGCGGGACAGCAGCAUGUCAAGCUACAUGUCGAGCAAGAAAACCAUGGAAAUCAAUCCAGACAAUGCCAUCAUGGAGGAAUUGCGGAAGAGGGCAGAGGCAGAUAAGAAUGACAAGUCUGUCAAGGACUUGGUUUUGCUUAUCUACGAAACGGCUCUGCUCACCUCUGGCUUCACCCUCGACGAUCCCAAUACCUUUGCGUCCAGAAUUCACAGAAUGUUGAAGCUGGGCCUCAACAUUGAUGAGGAUCUCUCUCCUGAGCUCGACUCUGACAUGCCGCCUCUCGAAGAAGAUACCAUCCAGGAGGAGAGCAAGAUGGAAGAGGUGGACUAACUUCAUUCUUCUUCUUUUCCUCUACCGUAGGAGCAACUGCAAAAGGUUAUGUAGAUAUAAUUUGUGUGAAGAGGUUGAAUGUGAUCUGUAUUUGGGAAAUAGCUAUAGUGUUAUGCAACAGCUUGGGCACAGCUAUACGCCCUAUUAUCUGUAAACAUCUCUUAAUUUUGUUUGAAGCAGUGAUCCUACUACUAACAGAUCGUUUGAGAUGAUUAAGGUUCGCUCUCAAAUGGAUUAGUUGAAUAGCUUUGGGUGUUGGCUCUUACAAAUCCUUAUGUGUAGUGGACUUCUUAAUUUCUUCUGUCUAGGCAUUUGGAACUUUUUUUA